AUGGACCACCCUGUCCACCCCCUAGAUACGCCACUGCUCGCCGCCGUUUGCAUUGCCAUCUCCUCGGCCGCCGCGGCGACCAGCGUUAACACCACCGACUUCGUAGGCUGUCUCGCCCUCCACCUUCCUCCGGGGAUCGUCUACACGCAGUCAUCGGAAUCCUACUCGUCCGUCCUCGAGUUCUCCAUCAAGAACCUCCGGUUCGUCACGCCGGCCACCCCGACGCCCCUCGUCAUCGUCAAGGCCACCCACGCCACACACGUCAGGGUUGCCGUGCGCUGCGGCGCGGCGCACGGCGUCCGCGUGCGCCCGCGCAGCGGUGGCCAUGACUACGAGGGGCUCUCCUACCGCUCCCUCGACGCGGCGCGCUCUUUCGCCGUCGUCGACCUGGCGGCGCUGCGCGCGAUCCGCGUCGACGUCCGGAGCAGGUCGGCGUGGGUCGAGUCCGGAGCCACGCUCGGCGAGCUUUACUACGGCAUCGCCAACAAGAGCGCGCGCCUCGGGUUCCCCGCCGGUGUCGGCCCGACGGUGGGCGUCGGCGGGCACCUCAGCGGCGGCGGCUUCGGCCUGAUGCUACGGAAGCACGGCCUCGCCGCGGAUCACGUCGUCGACGCCAUCAUGGUGGACGCCAAGGGGAGGCUCCUGGACAGGGCUGCCAUGGGGGAGGACCACUUCUGGGCCAUCCGGGGCGGCGGGGGCGGGAGCUUCGGCAUCGUGGUGUCCUGGAAGCUCCUGCUGGUGCGCGUGCCGGCUACCGUCACCGUGUUCACCGUCCACCGGCCAAGAAACCAAUCCGCCAGCGAUCUCCUCACCAAGUGGCAGCACGUGGCGCCGGCCCUGCCCCGCGACAUCAUCCUCCGGGUGGUCGUGCAGAACCAGGACGCGCAGUUCGAGUCCCUGUACCUCGGCAGGUGCGCCGGCGUCGUCGCGACGAUGACCAAGAUGUUCCCGGAGCUGGGCGUGACGCGGCGAGACUGCAUCGAGAUGAGCUGGAUCGAGUCCGUGCUCUACUUCGCGUUCUACGGCACGGGGAAGCCGAAGGAGCUGCUCCUGGACAGGGGCACCAAGCCGGACAGGUACUUCAAGGGCAAGUCGGACUUCGUGCACGAGCCCAUCCCGAGGGACGUGUGGGAGAGCACGUGGAGCUGGUUCCUGGAGGACGGCGCCGGGCUGCUCAUCCUCGACCCCUUCGGCGGCAGGAUGGGCCGCGUCGCGUCGUCGGCGACGCCGUUCCCGCACCGGCACGCGCUCUACAACCUGCAGUACUACGGCUUCUGGUGGGACAACACGACGGAGGCGUCGGAGCAGCAUAUGAGCUGGGUCAGGGGGGUGCACCGGGAGAUGGAGCCGUACGUAUCCAAGAGCCCCAGGGGCGCGUACGUGAACUACAAGGACCUGGACCUCGGCGUCAACGAGUAUGGUGGCGACGGCGGUGGGACCAGCUACGAGACGGCGAGAGUUUGGGGCGAGGCGUACUUCAAGGAUAACUUCGAGAGGCUUGCGGCGGUGAAGGCCAAGGUGGACCCCAGUGAUUUCUUCAGGAACGAGCAGAGCAUUCCUCCUCUUGGAUUACCAGGUGGCAAUGGCACGACGCAGAAUUGAAAGGGAAUGUUAAUUUUUCUCUUGUCUUGAAGAAGUUACUUGACUCGAAGGACUGAAGUCUAGAUGUCCAAAAUAUAGUGAAAUUCAAACUUGUUGUGGAUGUGUAAUCUACUCCUCAAAAUUAGAAAAUCACUUGUGCUGCAUUCGUUUCCAACGACUAUCACAAGACCGCUUUUGGA